AUCAAAUAAAAAAAGCGCCAUUGUAGGCCGCGUCGGGUGCUAACCUCAAAAUCAUGCCAGGACUCGACGAGUUUCAACUCGUAACACGACGGAGAAGCCAUAUAAGACGUCAAUUCGUGAAUCACAUCCUGAACCGAGCCCUGAACCCCCGAGAACCUGAAAUAAACACAGAGCAUCUUCUCCGCGAAAUUCUAGAGGCGGUGAUAGCCCUAAGGAAUUCUCCAUAUCGACAAAUAUUAUACAAUGGUUUGGCCGAGUCCCUGAGCCUGCUUGAAGUGACUGCCAUACCGGAAAUAGUCUGUUAUGGAUUGGGAAAUUUUUCAGAGAGUCGUAGUGCCAAAUAUCAGCUGGCAGCCCUUCUGACUAUUAAAUCGAGAUAUAAGAGUCGAGUACAUCUCUAUGAUCCAGCAUUUUUUGCCAAAGAGAUCGAAGUACUGAAGACACUGGGUCUUUCCAUGAUCGAGAUUAAUGAGGAGGGCAAGAGAAAAGUGGAUAAUAACUUGACACUCUUUUACAUGCCACACUGUUUUCAAGGCAUCAUUGCUAAUUGCAUUCACGCUAACUGGGGGAGAGAACUGAAUAACUGCAUUCUCGUGACAAAUUCAUUUCGAGAAAUUAACGAUGGCAUUGUCGCUGAUGCAGGACUCAGGGACUCUGUCGAGCUGAUCAAGAGAGUUAUACCUUGUGUCACUGAGUUCAAGUUGGAGGCCAAUUUUGAUUCCGCCCGAGAAGCAUUCAACUCGACUUCCAUUCAUGUUUUUCCGAAUGAGAAACUUGACAGGGUGACACAAGAGUUCUGGGAGAACAUUGGCAAUCCUCCGUUUGUUCAGGAGGAUUUUGAGAGAGAGUUGAAUAGAUUAAGGGCCAAUUUUCCAUUGGCAGAGAUACAGUGAAUGUUAAAUUGUCAAGGAGGACUGCAUAGACAUUGAUGAAUUCUUAUUUUUUCAAUUCAAAGCACGAGGAUAUCCAAAGAAAUUUUUUACUCGAUCAGGAAUCUAGCGUUUAGAACUGAGGAAUUAUAUUAAGACUUUUUUGUUUGUGUUGAAACAC